GUUUGAGUGAGCAACGGCAGAGUAAUCAUCAUCACCGGUGAACAAAGGUUUAGGGUUUUAGUUAGUAUUGAUUCACUAUCUCUCUCUCUCUCUCACUUCAUCAUUCUGCUUCGAGCUUCAUACUUUUCUCUCUAAUCGAAUCACAAAUGCAAAGCCUUGUAUACCCUUAAAGUGGAAUCUGUCAUCUGCAAUGUCUCAGUCACUAAUUCGAGCAAUCUCAGCUCGGAAGAAUCAAUUCAGUCUUGGGUUUUAUUAUAGAUGUAUGAAUACUCGGCUAUUUCAUCACCAAGAUCAGAUCAUCUCUCCCAAUUGCUUCAAUUUUUCAUCUUUAGGGUUCAGUUCAAUCGCUAGACAUGGAAGUCAUCAGAAUAGUUAUAGGUUUUGUGGUAACUUGAUCACAAAUGGGUUUGCCUCGGUUUCAAAUUUGAGUUCUGAUGAAUCGAAUGUUGAUAAUGGUGAUGCUCCCUGUGAGAAAUUUUUGGAUAAGAAGCCAAAGGUUGUUUACAAGAAACCAAUUGAUUUCACCAAAAUCGAUGCGAAUUUACUACCUACUGUGAUGAUUAUGGGUCGGCCAAAUGUUGGAAAGUCUGCCUUGUAUAACCGAUUGAUUCGGAGGAGGGAAGCUCUUGUUUACAACACUCCAGAUGAUCAUGUUACAAGGGAUAUAAGAGAAGGGAUUGCCAAAUUAGCUGAUUUGAGGUUUAAUGUUUUGGACUCUGCUGGUAUCGAGACCGAGGUUUCUUCGGGUACUAUUCUGGGUAGAACCACAGCAAUGACGGCUAAUGUGCUUGCAAGGACUCAGUUUGCAGUUCUUAUUAUUGACGUGAGGGCUGGGUUGCAUCCAUUAGAUUUAGAGGUUGGGAAAUGGUUAAGAAAGCAUGCUCCACAGAUUAAGCCCAUAGUAGUUAUGAAUAAAUCUGAAUCUAUUGGCUCUCUUGAUGAAGUUGCUUCAGAGGCACUUGGUCUAGGUUUUGGCGAGCCUAUCGCUAUUUCAGCUGAAACUGGACUUGGUAUGACCACACUUUAUGAAGUUCUCCGUCCUUUACUAGAGGAUUACAUGGUUGAAAGGCUAAACGAUAUAUGCAGCCAAGAUGAUGUUCCGAGCGAUGAGAAUCUCUCUGAUGAAACCGACGAGUCCAAGUUGCCAUUGCAGUUAGCUAUUGUGGGCAAGCCUAAUGUUGGGAAGUCCACACUGCUUAAUGCAUUAUUGGAAGAAGAGCGUGUGUUGGUGGGUCCAGAAGCUGGUCUCACUAGAGAUGCUGUGAGAGUUCAGUUUGAGUUUCAGGGUAGGAUAGUUUAUCUGGUUGACACUGCUGGUUGGUUGGAGAGAACAGAGCGAGACAAAGGACCAGCAUCUUUGAGUAUUAUGCAAUCGAGAAAAAGUCUUAUGCGGGCACAUGUUAUCGCUUUAGUUCUUGAUGCAGAAGAGAUCAUAAAAGCUAGAUGUAGUAUGACACAUUCAGAAGUAGUUAUAGCUAGACGUGCUGUAGAAGAAGGACGUGGUCUAGUCGUUAUCGUUAACAAAAUGGAUCGUCUAAGAGGGAAAGAGAACUCUGAGAUGUACAAGAAGAUCAGGGAAGCUGUUCCCAUUGAAAUUCAGACAGUUAUUCCUCAGAUAACUGGAAUACCAGUUGUGUUUAUCUCUGCAUUAGAGGGAAGAGGACGUAUGGAAGUAAUGAAAGAAGUCACUGACACGUACAAGAGAUGGUGUUCAAGACUUUCCACAGGCCGCCUCAAUCGCUGGUUGCGUAAGGUUAUGAGCCGACAUUCUUGGAAAGACACGGCUGCACAGCCAAAGAUCAAGUUUUUUACGCAAGUAAAAGCUCGACCACCGACUUUUGUAGCGUUUGUGAGCGGUAAAACGCAGUUAUUGGAAAGCGACAUAAGGUUUCUGACUAGAUCAUUGAAGGAAGAUUUUGAUUUAGGAGGGACUCCUAUUCGAAUCAUACAGCGGGUUGUUCCUCGAGCGCCCUCUAGUAGUACAGGUGGUGGUGGAAACGGAAACCGCUCGAGUGGUCGAGUAGUGCAAAGAACCUCCUCAGACAAACGGACUGUUUCAGCCUAAGAAACCAUUACAAGUGAAGUAGUUUCUUUUAAUCUUUUAUGUUCUGUGCUCUGUUUUGUAACGAUCGUCAAGCCACAAUAAGAAAAACAGUACAUGAAGUUGGCAGAUCAAAGCCAUGUUCAUAGCUUCCCAUUGUUACAACAUCAAACAAGAGUGAAACAGCAAAAAUUACAGAA